ACCGACCCUUUACUCCUCAAAUGUUACAUAAUUCCCACCGGGCUUAAGUUUCAAUCUCCCGCUAACUACUUCAGAAUUUUCGAACUUCAAUUUCUUUGUCAGCUUGCCGUUCGUCUAUUCGUCGCCGCGAACAGACGGCACUGACCGGGAUUUUAGCAACAUAGGGUUGGGGAUCGUAGUGUACAAAGGCUUUGAAAAUGGGGAAGAAGCACGAGAUUGAUACUCCGGUGACCUCCAGACAGAUCGAUCUGAAGAAGUCCUUCAAGCUUGCCGUUCGUUCUCUCCUUACUUCAUGUUCCAGGGAGGAGUUUCGGGAAUGCUUUUCGAGAUUUACGACCGCAGAGCAGGAUUAUCUUCAUCGUCUUUUUAUUCAGGUUAUAACUUCUCUCCAUGGAAACAUAGAGGACGAGUUUGAGUCAUUAUGUGUUGAAACACAGGUAAUGCUCUUGUUUCUGUCAACUUAUUAUGCCCAGGUGGGACUUGUACUUGAUAAUGUUGAACAACUUUUGGAAGAGCAAGAUCUAGACCCAUUGUAUUCAAAGAAGACCAAUAUUGUGGAGAUAUCUAAUUUUCUGUCCAUGAAAAAGAUGGAGGAGAUCCAACACUUGAAGGACAUGCUAAAAACGGCUGAGGAACAGAACCGGGUUAUUCAAGGCCGUAUCGAUGUUCUAAGGAAAGGAGUGCAAGAUGCCUCGGGCAUGGCAGAUGCUGUUAAAAAGCUAAGAAGCGAAUGCAGAUCUUAUGGAACUGAUGGCGUUAAUGAGACCUUGGAUAUACUUAACUGAAGCUGUUAAAUAGCAAGGCCAGUAUGUAAUUUAGUAGAUCAUACUCGGGUAGUUAUAUGUGUCAAUUUCCUCAGCUUAGCUCAAGCUUGAUAUUUACUUCUUAUUUCAUGUCUGCAAUUAUACAUGUUUUACGCUGUGGAACAUGUUUUCUUCUGUCUAAUGCCUUCAAUCUGUCUUGUUGUAUCAAAGAAUUAUUCAAUGCCUCAUCAAGAAUUAGCUAUGUUGGAGCUCUA